AUGAAUAAUUUCACAUUAAACACUCCUGAUUAUAACAUCAAACAAAUGGUUGAUGUCUAUGAGCCUAGUGAAGACACAUUCCUGUUUAUUGAUGCAUUAGAAGCAGAUUUAGCAUUUAUCCAAGCAAGAAAACCAACAUAUAUGCUUGAAAUUGGCUCUGGAAGUGGAGUUAUAACAACUGCUUUAGGUUCACACUUGUCACUGACUUGUUUUACAACUGAUAUCAACAUUAAAGCAUGUAAUGCAACUAGAGACACUGGAUUGUUAAACAAAGUGCAAGUGGAACCUGUGUGUAUGGAUCUAGCUAGUCAUUUCAGACCAUUCUUAUUUGAUAUUUUAAUUUUUAAUCCGCCGUAUGUAGUGACUGAUUCAGAAGAAAUCAUUGGUACUGGUUUGAGUAGAGCUUGGGCUGGUGGUAUUGAUGGUAGGGAAAUAAUAGAUAAGUUAUUACCACAAGUGAAAAACAUUUUAAGUGAGUCAGGUAUAUUUUACUUGUUAUUAUUAAAAGAAAACAAACCGGACGAAGUGGCGGCCAUUUUGGAAAAGUUUGGAUUUCAGCAUAAGAUUAUCAAAGAGAAGAAAAUCCUGGGCGAAUAUUUAUAUAUUGUUAGAUUUAUUAAAAAGCAAACAUCUAAACCAUAAAAAAUAUUCUUAAAAUAUUAAAAUGCAUCAUUAUUAAUUUAAAAACUUUCCAAAGCUUUUGAAAACUCAAAUAAAUACUAAAAUAUAUUCAAAAGUGUAAAAA